AUGUCAUCCGACCAAACAGCUUCGAAUCCAUUAUUGAGCGACCCAUCGAUAAUACAAGUUCUCAAAGAAGAUGGAUCAAACAACGAUAAAUCGUCACCUGCAUCGAACCAAGCAACAUCUAGUGGAUCAGUUGAACCUGGAAGUGCAUUAUCCAAACUAUUAGACUCAGCCAUUGCAAAAGCUGCUGAAGAGUCGACACCAGAAUUUGAACCAAGAUCAAGCAGCAAUAGUCCAAAAACCCCGUUACCUACCAUAUCAAAAUUAUCAAAGAAAAGCUUUGAGCGUGUAUAUUCAAUUGAGAUUCUAUUUGAGUUAAGAAACCUGCCAUUCGUAAAAGAUUAUAGAGAAACAAACGAAUUACCAGACAAAACCUUCUGGAGAGCUAAGUCUAAGUCACAAAAUACUUCUAAUGGAGCCAAAGAUUAUGGCCACAACUCAAAACAUGGUAAUAAUAAAAAUAAAAAUACUUCCAAUAAAAAACGUCAAGAUUCUGCUUCUAACUGGGAACGUAAACCAGGAUUCCUAAAAACUGCUGAUUUGGAUUCAUUAUCCGAAGACAAAAUUUCUCAAUUAUUAGGAGAACCUACGGAAGAAAUUGAACCAGAAUGGGAAAGUGCUGACUUGAACGAUGAAUUAAAUCUUAAUAUGGGUCAGACAGUCGAAGACUUUGAGAAAUGGAAAAGUAACAUGAGGUCCGAGGAGAGGCGUAGAAAUGGUGAAAUAGUGGAGGAGAGUGCUGAUUUAAACGCAGAGAAGAGCGGUAAUGAAGUAGAUUACUUUUUUUCUUUUGUCAAGCCAAAAACUCAAUCAGUUGAUUCUACUGCUUCAUCUUUAAAAGCCCCAAGCUCGGGAGUAUCUACACCUACUGUUGCAAAUUCAGAGCCUUCUGCUAAGAGCUCGAGAUUUUCUUCGUUUUUUAAUGCUCCAUCGACAGAGAAUCACCCUCCAUUAAGCAGGCCAGAUCAAGGUCAAUCGCACAAUUUGCCAGUUCAGCAUCACACUCAAGGUAGGGGUCUUUCUCAAUCGCACAUAUUACCUGGUAAGGGUGACCAAGGUUAUUCAAGGUUUUUAUCUAUGAUGAAUAAUCCAAAUGAAAGUAAUCAAGCUUCACCUCAGUCUUUACCACAUUCUUUGCCACCUCAAAUAUCUCCACAGAAGGAAAUUUUACAAGAGUCCAAGAACCAAAUACCAGGACAACCGAUUAGCAAUGACAGUUUCUUUAUGUCUUUAUUAAAUAAAAAAGAAGGACCCAAUGGAAGUAACACAUCAAGUCCAAAUUUAUUUGCAAGCACUAUCCAAGGACAGCAAAAAGCUAAAAUUUCUUCGCCUGAUAUUAAGCAAUCUCCAUUAACUUCAAAUGUUCAACCUCAGAUGCAACCACAACAAAUUCCUGGUCCAAAACAACAAAACAUGAACUUACCUCCAGGUCAACAAAUGAAUCGACAGCAGGUACCUCCUCAACAGAUGCCCCCACAGCAAAUGCCUCCAUGGAUGAGACAGUUUCAUGGGGGACCAAACGGUCCUCCUGGUGUUAAUGGACCUAACGAUUCACGUGGGGCACCAGCAACUGGUGCUAAUGGCUCUAACGCUCCACCACCCCCUCAUCUUCAGUACCCUCCAAAUAUGGUACCUCCUCCUAAAAUGUUCCCACCGGGGUUUAUGCCUCCACCGGGAAUGCCGAUGCCGUCCCAAUUUUCCAAUGGGCGUAAUGGUCCAAUGCCACCACCUCCUGGAAAUCCCCAUUACAUGGGGUUCCCACCAGGAAUGCCACCACCACCACCAGGAAUGGGUAUGCCACCUUUACAACAGUCUGGUGGGUUUGACCAAAGAAAUCAGCCUUCGCCACGCAGGUAG